UUUUCCGUGGUGCGGUGGGUGGCUAGUUUUGUUAUUAAAUUUGAACACAUGUUUUCAGAACAAAAUUAAAAUUUGUUCUACCAAAGAAUACUUGAUAAAAACCGUCUACUCCAAUUACCCCAUGGACCGAACAACGGAAUCUGUAACCUCCUGGGAUGUGAAUAAAGUACAUGCCUGGCUUUCUUCUCUUGGUUAUUCCUCAUAUGAAUCACAACUAAAAGAACAAGGUAUAAGUGGGGAGAUCUUGGUUCAUUUAGACCAUGAAGCACUCAAAGACCUUGGUAUACGUUCGGUCGGCCACCGAGUUUCCAUACUGAAGGCUAUAUAUAACCUGAAAAUACAGCAUAAUAUACCUGUCGAGAUUGGCGAAUAUAUUCCUCCUUCUGCAGAAUUUGAAAGUGCAAUGAGCGUUACGAAUGGAAUUCCAGACCUUCGUAAAAUUGAAAGCGCAAUUCAAGAGAGAGAUGCAUUGAUUUCACAUUUGUCGAAAGAAAUUCAAAAAUUAUCAACUGACUUAUCAAGAUUACGAGAUGACUUUUGGAAAAUGGCUAAAGAAAAUAAGCCAUUACCUGAGCCGGAAAGAAGUCCUAAUAAAAUGAAGUAUGGUAACGUAAAGGCAAACCUGUCCGUUACAGUUCCUGGCAUAAGUAUAACAAACUACUCGAAAUCACCGACAUAUUCAUCGGAUGGUUCAAGUGCGCCACCUUCUCCUCACUCACCACGCGAUGGAAAUCGUAACCGUUAUCACAAUAAUGAUUUUGAUAAACCAAACACGCCUCAAGUAACAAUCAAUGACACGCAAAAUGGUUCCAUAAAAUUUUUUGGUAACAAUCAAAAUGCUAAUGCUAAUCGAGAAGCUGAAUCUUAUAAAAGUUUUCGAGUGUCACUUGAAGAUCCGUGUUACAAAGUCCUACCGGCUGCUCUAAAAAAAUAUAAAAUUACAGAUGAUUGGCGUCAAUAUGCAUUAUUCAUCUGUUACGGAAGUCCAGAUCACACGACAGAACGUUGUUUGAGCUAUGAUGAAAAACCUUUAUUAUUAUUCCAAAAAUUAAAGGAAGCGAAUCAAAAUCCAGUUUUUAUGUUAAAAAAUAUUAAAGAGAUUAAAUCACCUGUUGCUACAGCUGAGGAAAUUAUUAAUUCAUUGAAGGCAAAUAAAUCGAAACGACGUACAACUCAAUUUUUAAACAAAGAAUUGCCACCAGCGCCUGACGAAAAUUAUCCAAUGCCUUCUUCAAAUCAACAAUCCUCUGAAUAUCAAACAUCAAAUGAUUAUUCUGUGGAUCUGGUGGAGGGUAAUGGCACAGCAGUUGCUAUUUAUCCAUACGUUCCAGAACUUGAUGAUGAACUUAAUGUAAUUGUUGGAGAUGUUUUCAAAAUUAGAAGCAAAGAUGGUGGUUGGUGUUUUGUCGAAAAGGAUGGUCAAACUGGAUGGGUUCCAGCUAAUUUCUUGCUUGAAACAAGCGUAAAUGGAGGGGAUAUGAUGGAUGAUGAUAGUCCAUAUGUUGGACGAGGCGUUGCUUUAAUUGAUUAUGAAGAACUCAAUAUAAAAAAAGAUGAUACGCUUCGUAUAUAUAAAAAACAAGAUCAUUGGUUAUAUUGUGAAAUUAAUGAUGAGCGUGGCUGGGUACCAAGUUGGUACGUUAGGAUUGAUAAAGAUCUCAUCUAUGAAGACGAAAGUGAGGUGGAUCCUACAAGUCCAAGAAGAAAUGGUUAUGAAAGUGGACAGCGUUCACCUUAUUUCCUGCACCACACAAUGGGCACUCCGAUAAGGAAUAAUUAUAACCACAAUGAUUAUUCCUUUGCACAUCACUUUGGCGAAGGCUUCUUAAUUUGAGAAAGAAAAAACAGAACUUUUCACAUUUAUACUUAAGAACAAUUCUUUUUAUCACGAUUCCUUCUAUGAUAUCUUUGUACAAAGAUGGAGAAGAUGUCAUUACAUUAAGGAAACCGGAAUUUUCUGUAUAAAUAAUUAA